AUGAAUUCAUUAUCAAAAUCUGAUGAAGAAAAUCGUGAAUUCUAUUCCCCAUGGUCCCGUUUUCAUCCAUUAAUCUUUAUUCCGGGUUGGAUUGCCGUUUUUGUUUCCUGGGUCGCCUUGUUCAAAGCUCUCAUGUAUUUCAUUAAUACAACAAAUGGUUCAGCACAAGUGUGGGGAUAUGUUAUGCUGGUCAUGGUAAUAAUUGGAAUGUUAUCGUUAAUUUUACCUUUGGUCAAGUACUUGCUAGACAUGAAGAUGAUCUACUUCAAUAGCAACAAAUCUUCGAAUUCAACAGAUGAACAAUCUGAAAAAUUAUCUCUUUUAUUUCUUAUUAAAUCUUAUCUUCAAAAAUGUAAUCAUUUCUAUUUUUUCAAAGUUAAAAAUGAAUACAAACAAAAUGGAAAUAUUAUUUCUGUGGAUAAUGUUGUGUAA